GCCUGGAUUUUCUCCAGAGCGCCGCUGCAAUCUACCCGGAAGCAGUUCUGUGGUCGGGGCGGGUAAAUGUUUUCUCUUCCCCGCCAGCCAUUCCUAGAGUGUCGACAGGAACUGCAGUUUAGCGGAUGCUGAGAUUUUAAAGAGAACCCUCGGACUUGGUGUUAAACUUUUAAAAUGGAACCUUAAAAACAGGAGGAAUGCCCCUGUGGGACCACUUUGCAGAGUAGAUUUUGGUGUUUGGGACAGACCCUGGACAAUCUCUCUUGGCCUGGCCAUCAGCUCCCAGGUCUUCCUGUUGUGGAGACAAGAUGGACAGAUUCCUGGUGAAGGGGGCUGUUGGGAGCCUUAAGAGAGGGAUGGAACAAGAGCAGACUGGAGGAGGCCCAGCAGGGUUGGCAGAAGAGGAGGGAAACAGCAAGAAAAAUCCCAGGAGAGCAGCCCUGGGGAAUGGAGUUGACUCAGCAGGCCUCAGCUGGUGGCGCAUUCGAGCUGAGGGCCUGAACUGCGAUUUCACAGUCCUGUUUGGCAAAGCCGAAGCAGACGAGAUUUUCCAAGAGUUGGAGAAAGAAGUGGAAUAUUUUACAGGUGCGCUGGCCAGGGUCCAGGUGUUCGGGAAGUGGCACAGUGUCCCAAGGAAGCAGGCGACCUACGGCGACACUGGGCUGACCUACACCUUUUCAGGCCUCACUCUGUCUCCGAAGCCCUGGAUCCCCAUUCUGGAGCGUGUCCGGGAUCGUGUUUCUCUGGUGACUGGACAGACCUUCAACUUUGUGCUCGUCAACAGGUACAAAGACGGCCAGGACCACAUUGGCGAGCACAGGGAUGACGAGAGAGAACUGGCUCCCGGGAGCCCCAUCGCCUCUGUCUCCUUUGGGGCCUGCAGAGACUUCGUCUUCAGGCAUAAGGAUUCCCGGGGGAAGCACCCGUCCCGGAGGCUGGAGGUGGUCAGGCUCCAGCUGGCCCAUGGCAGCUUACUCAUGAUAAACCACCCAACCAACAUUCACUGGUACCACAGUCUCCCAGUCCGAAAGAAGGUUCUGGCUCCCCGGGUCAAUCUGACAUUUCGGAAAAUCCUGCCUACUACAAAGUGAACAACAUUGUUAACACAGGACUUCCCAGUCCUCGGCAUGCACACACACCUGGCCCAGUGGAAUGGGGACUGCCCGGGCCUCCAGUGGGUUCAGCUGACAUCAAGGUCUUGUCUGGGAGUGUUGCCAGCCUGCCCACCAGGGGAAGCAUGGGCCUCAGCCUGACCUUGGUGACCAGGAUGCACCUGAUUCCAAGUCUUACCUCUGAGGCGUCAGUCUGGAUUUGGUAUCCUUUCUUUUUUAAAUAAAAAAAUCUAGUUAAAACAUA